ACAUGGUGGCAGGGAGCCUGCAGCAAGGAGGAGCAGGGGCAGGGGACUGUGACCCCAGGUCUGUAGCCCUGGCAGCUGGAUAUCUUUGUGAGUAUUUAUCACUUUGUGAGGAGAUCCCUGUGUGGCCCUGCAUUGGGGCCAGGGCUGGAUUUGGCCUGUAAGCUAGGGGUUGAGCACCCCUGGUAUAAAAUAAGCCCUUGUGACUAUUGUUUUUGUUAGACCUCGACUCCAUGCGAUGCCCAACUACUAGGUAGACAAUGAAUCAAUGCCAUCACGCAUCACUUGGACACAUUGCUCGUGUGCUUUAUUCAAAAUGGAGACAGCUUUGGAUAAACUUCCAACAAACCAGGGAGCUGCCAUGCACAUUUGUUUUUUCCAUAUUCAUACACCUUGGUUUAUGCUCAUUAACAUUUACCCCACCUCUGUCCCUUCUUUGUUCCACCUUUAGUCCUUCCCAUUUUAAGCUCCGCCUCUGUUUGCUGUUUGUUUCAUUAGCAUGGAAUUGUCUUAUUUCACUUAUAUACAUGUCUUUUUGCUAUGAGUGUAUGUCUAAGACCCUGACCGCUGCUUCUUUUGUUCACUUGGGCAGACUUUGACCAAAGCCUAAAAGCUUCUGGAGGCUUAUUUACCAAUCACCAUUCACCUUACACAUAUGUUUAUCUUGGAUUCUGUUACCAGUUACAUGUUGUCUUUCACAUUCCGGUCUGUUUUUCAGUCCCAUUUGUACCAUCUCCACAUUCCUAAGACUUCAUCUCAUUCACAGCAUACAGACUUACACAGACUCGCUUGAAAAUGGUUGACACAGUUAAGAUGGCUACUUAGCAUAAGCAAAUGGCUGGCUUAGCAUAAGCAUUCAUAAGCAAAAUCUGCUUUAUCUUCUAAUGAUAGCUGGUGGUCUGCAUCCUGUUCUUCUUACACAAUGAACUAUAUAUCUUACAACAUUACUAUAUUGUUAGGAAAAUGCUUGCCUAGGCAUCUUGGCAUGUUUGCCUAGGUAACUUUUAACAUACCAUUCUGCCUUGAAGUUAGCAGCUUGCUAGGCCACAGGUCAUAGCCUUUUAUUCAGCUGCAGAUCCAAUGCUCCUCAAGAUUUAAAUGCUGUCACCCUAAUAGUUUUCUUCUGGGGAAAAAAAUCACUUUCUUAGGACAAGUCUACAUGGUGUCCUUAGCAAGCCUGGCAGGUCUGAGAAACAUGCCAUGCCCACUUCCUGCUGUUCCAUGGGUAUGCACCAAAGCUUGAAAAUUUGGCAGCAUUUGGUUUGGCUUGGUCCUGAGUGCCUUCCGGGAGGCACACCAAAGGUGGUGUGCUCAGUGCUGAGCUAAACUGGCUACGCUGCCUAAUUUCUAGGCAUUAGUAUGUAUGAAGCAGAAGCAAGUGGAAAGGGGUGCUUUUCAGUGGCAGUUUGCCACAGAGGCAGUAUAAAUGAGCUCUCAUCAUCUCUUUUCAGAAGCCAGUUUUCGGUUGUGACCUGAGUGACCCAAGUGUCCUCUAUAUAGAUAUGAGAGAAAUUUAUGGGUAUAGAUUGAGCCUAGAGUGUGAAGAUUUAGGCCAUGUGUAGAUGACACGGGCAUUAAUGUCGAGUGCCUGAAGAUUUUAACCUAGCGCUUCUUUUGUGCAGCAUGUUUGUGUUUGCACAACACAGCAUUCGUGUUCACACAACACAAUGCUUUUAAGUGAGUUAAGUCUCCUGUGUCAUUCCCUGAAGAUUUCAGUAAGGGGAGUCAAAUACCAAUCUACCCCCCGUAAUGUCUUUCAAUGUAUUACAGCAGGAGGUACAUGUAAACUGGCCUUUCCUGUCCCCACCCCCGGCCUCUCACUGGCAGUCUCACCUGGGCACAGUCACCCCAAAAACCUUGUCACUUGUUGGUCUUGUCUCUCCAUUAGUAUGCAAUCCCAAAGACCCCAUUGCAAUUCCCAUUCCAAAGACAAGCCAUAUGAAUCCUCCCCUCCCAUUCCUUUCCUUUCCCAUCCUGCCGUAUACAAAUAUAUGUGCUUUUUCUUUUAUUUACUAUGUAACUGCUAUGAUAUCAUAAAAUGUUCAGGGUUUAGAGUAGCGGCUGGGUGUUUGUUGCCACCCUGUUGAUUGGCGGUUGCUGUUGAUUGAGGUUGGUGGUGGCACCGAGAUGGCGAGCUCUUCAACUUUUUUUUUUUUUUUUUUUGUUCUGGUGGUUUUUGGACUACAUUUCCCAGCAUUUCUAAGCUCAUUGAUCUUCAUACAGUUUCCAGUGGGGGCUCCCAUUGGAACCCUCCCAUUCCCUGCCCAGGUUCCGCUGUCAAUCUGUGUAGUGCAACAUACAGCUUUUGGAGGUGUGUUGUGAAAUGUUUUAUAAAUGUUUUUGAAAAUGUGGGUUGCUGUUUGGCUCGGUCCCCCACCCGCCUAGCCUGCCAAGAGCUAUAGUUAAUCUUCUUGCCACCAUGGUGGGGUGGGGGGUGCUCUUCAGAUGUAGGUGAUGGUGCAUAAUGCCCCCCUCCCCCAAACCACUGACAGUCUGGAAGCAGCAAACCCAUAGCCCAGUCUACAUUUCCUCCCCUCUGCCCUGACCAUCCUUCCCUCUGCCCCCUGUCUGCAACACCUCAAGCCCUUGUAUACAGACACAGAUUUAAAGUGUAAAUGAAUUUAUUUUAACAUAACCAAGAGAGAGAACAAAGCACUCCUAGGUGCUGUUGUCAGCAAUAUAUCCUGCCAGACAAUCUCACAAGCACUGCUUGACCAUCCUCUCCUUGAGCGUAUCUCCUGUUAGGCUGUUCAAAACUUUUGCCGCUUCAGGGAAAACAGGCUGUGCUUCUGCAAUAAAAUUAUUUUGCAGAAGCAGGCAGGUAGGUAUUGCUUUUUUGCAACAUUCCGGGCCAUUGAGGAGCCAUCCCAAAAUACAAUGGCCUUAUUUACCCCAUCACCAGGUCUUUGUUGGUAAACUUGGUGCUUCUUCACCUUUGGGUGCUUUGAUACAUACAGGUAAUGACUUUACAGUCCUUGAAACUUUCCCAGACCGUCAUGCAAGCACAGCCAGAGUAUAAAGGCACCGCUUCUCCCAAAAUCUGCUAGCCCCCUUUCACAAAUUGCUUGUGCUGUUGACCAUGAACUGGUUCGCCAUGUCUUGGAAAGCCAAGGUCAGCAGUAUGGAGCUGACGGCCCAGGAGGCUGAUACCUCCAAAUGCCCGUGAACCCAACUGAACCCGAGAAGAACUGGAGGACUUGAUCAACAUUUGGUCGGAGCAAAGGCUCAUAGACAGGCUGGAAAGUAGAAAGAAUAAGCCUGUUUAUGUUGAGUUCGCAAAAGGCAUGCAGGUGCGAGGCCACAAUUGUGACUGGACCCAGGUCUGGUGCAAGAUGAAGUCCCUAAGAUCAGAGUUUUACCGAACCAAAGAUGCGAACUCUUGUUAUGGGGCCAGUCGCACAAUUGCUCCCUUCUAUGAUAAGCUGUCCAUCAUUCUCUCCAAGGAUGCGGGUGACAACCCAGGUAUGGAGACUUUCAGCACUGGGUUUGGGCAGGAGGAGGUAGCAGCAGCCCCUCCUGAGGGUGAAACCAUGAGCAUGUCUCAGCUCUACGCAGACCGCUCCCUGAUGACCAUGAAUGGCAGGAAGAACUGUCGGUCACCAUACACUUAUUGCCACUUAGCCCCUCUGUUCCACGGAGUAGCACAGAUGAUAAAGCAGAGGAGAUGGAGGGUCAGGAAGAAACCCAUGUUGCUGGUACAUCAUCUACCGCUACCAAGACCCAAGAACAUGCUGGACCUGGAGGUGGAUGUGGAUGACAGAUUUGGAGAUUUAGAUCUCAGAAAUGAUUCAGAUAUUCCUGAAGUUCCCCCAUCAACAGACAGCACUCCAGAAAUACUCAAAAGAGCUCUUUCUGGCGUAUCUGCCAGAUGGAAAAACUGGUGGAUUCGUGGAAUCUUAACUCUACUUAUGAUUUUGUUGUUUUUCUUCAUCAUAUACCUGGGAUCUUUCAUGCUGAUGUUUCUUGUCUUGAGCAUCCAAGUAAAGUGUUUCCAUGAAAUCAUUACAAUAGGCUACCGAGUCUAUCAUUCCUAUGAUUUACCAUGGUUUAGAACCCUAAGCUGGUACUUUUUGCUGUGUGUAAACUACUUUUUCUAUGGAGAGACAGUGGCAGAUUACUUUGCUACAUUUGUUCAAAGAAGAGAGCAACUUCAGUUUCUAAUUCGCUACCACAGGUUUAUAUCUUUUGCACUCUACUUGACAGGUUUCUGCAUGUUUGUACUGAGUUUAGUGAAGAGACAAUAUCGUCUACAGUUUUACAUGUUCGCAUGGACUCAUGUCACUUUGCUGAUCACUGUAACUCAAUCUCAUCUUGUCAUCCAAAAUCUGUUUGAAGGCAUGAUCUGGUUUCUGGUACCAAUCUCAAGUGUUAUCUGCAAUGAUAUUACUGCUUACAUUUUUGGCUUCUUCUUUGGGAGAACUCCACUAAUUAAGUUGUCUCCUAAAAAGACCUGGGAAGGGUUCAUUGGAGGUUUCUUCUCUACUGUUGUGUUUGGAUUUAUAUUUUCCUAUCUUUUGGCUCAACAUGAGUAUUUUGUAUGUCCAGUGGAGUACAACAGUGAAACAAACAGAUUUGUUACAGAGUGUGAACCUUCAGAACUCUUCCAGAUACAGAAAUACUCUGUGCCACCGCUGCUGAAGACUGUGUUGGGAUGGGAAACAGUGAACAUGUACCCAUUCCAAAUGCACAGCAUUGCUUUGUCAACAUUUGCUUCCUUAAUUGGGCCAUUUGGAGGCUUUUUUGCUAGUGGAUUCAAAAGGGCUUUCAAAAUCAAGGAUUUUGCAGACACUAUUCCUGGCCAUGGUGGAAUAAUGGAUCGUUUUGAUUGUCAAUAUUUGAUGGCUACUUUUGUUCACGUGUAUAUCACCAGUUUCAUAAGGGGCCCAAAUCCUAGCAAAUUGUUGAAACAGCUGUUGGUACUUCAGCCAGAACAACAACUAAAUGUAUAUAAAACCCUGAAAUCUCAUCUCAUAGAAAAAGGGAUCCUUCAACCAUCAACAAAGGGAUAGUGAGACGGAAUGGAGGACUACAGGAAAAUGGCUAGAAAGGCCCUCACGGGAAUACAUUACAAGUGUUCACACUGAUAGUGGCUGAACAUGUAGUCUUGAAGACAUGAAUUUUUUUCCCCCUUGAAAUUACUGUGAAUAUUUAGUAAGACAUUUAAAAUUUGUUACCUAUUCUAGGACAGUGACAUUGCUUGCAAAAUAACUAAACAUUUAAUGAGCAUUUUAGUUUGUGAAGUUGAUGGUACUCAUACCAUCAGGUAUAUACAUAGAUAAAUGCCCUCUUUCAGUAUCCAGCCAGAUGGGCUCAAUAGUUUUAAAAAAUAACUUGCAUUCUAAAUGACAGUAACUAAUAUGAAAUCUACUGGAAUUGUGCAAUUCACAAAGCAAAUGUUAAUGUAAUUUAUCAGUACUGGGCUUGCUUUUAAUGCAAGUUUUAUGGUACUGUAUAGGUUAGCAAUAGGUGGCAUAUUUUUAUCUGAAAUGGUUAUUGAGGGAUAAUUGGGAUGAGAUGCUAUUUUAUCCAUUGUGCUACUGAGUGUAUUGUUUCCAAGAAAAAAAAAAAAUCUCCUGGAUACUGGUGAGGAAAGUGAGGCUGUCACCAAGACUUAGUCUACUUUACAAAGUUCUGCUGGUGGGGCUGUUGUUGACUAAGAAUGCAAAGAGAUCAUGUCCCUGCCUGACACCACCAUCGCAACAAAACCCCUGGUAUGGACACAGUUUUGCCAGUAGAAGGUGACUUUUCCUGGCUAAGCUUUUGCUAUUUAGGGAGCAGCUAUAAAUAUAGUGGAAGAAAAACCCUUUCUUCUGGCAUAGGCUGUGUGCGUGCCAGGGGGCUGUUUUGGGGGCAAAUGUGGUUGCUUUCUUGCUGUAAUGAAAAUAACAGCUUGGGCCAAAUGUAGACAAGCCCUCAAACAGUUACUGUUGGUUCUCUAACGUUGUUCAUUAAAAAUGACUAAGCUUAGCUCAUUUUUUAGUUAUAUUUCUUAGAACUUUUUUUUCUAAUGAAACCAAUUCAUAUUAAUAAAAUAGAGGUGCCUGGACUUUGUCACUGACUUUUUGGUACAAAACAUCUGGAAUAGAAGCAGAUAUACAUAUAGUCAGAACUACAGUAUCCAACAAUAUGGGGGUCCUGCAGCUUAGUGAUUUUACACUUCAGGCCUUAGUUCCAAGGCUAGGUCACUGUCUGGAGUGAGUUCACGUUAACCUUACUGUUUGUGCCUCAGUUUCCUCAUCUGUAAAAUUGGUGGUAUUUCCCUCUCCUGUAAAGUGCUUUGAGAUCCUUGGAUGAAAAGUGCAAUAUUAGUACCAGUUUUUACCCUUUAUUAUUCCCUUGAAAGCGGUAACUUUUGUCUGACCGACCUAAUAGCUUGGGGUUGAGAUGGCACAUUCUUUUCCCACUGCCUCUUACCACCAGUUAAGUAACUGUUAGCAUCUCAAAUAAUGUGGGCAAAAAUGUGAGGAUUCAGUCGAAAAAAAACCAAAACCUUACAGAAAGUUGCUGUCCUGUAGACUUAGUGAAGUAAAUGUGAGAAAGUUAACACUUGAAUAAUUCUCCAUUUUUGCUGCUUACUGAUCUCCUUUUACAUACUAUUCCUUUUAUCAUGUGGUGAUAAUUUUAUUGAAAUUGAAAAUAGAUAUACAUGUAUUUUGAAUAAAUGCACAUUAUUCCUUAAUGAACAAAAGCACAUGAAUGCCAAAAAAGUGUCUUUUGGUGUCCUGGAGACUGUAACUUGAUACAAUUUAAUUUCCUAAAAAUCUAAUGCAAAUAGGCUUUUCUUGCAUUGAGCACUGACUAUUUAUAUUUGUGAAGGGUUAAAGGUGAAAUCUACAAGUUGUUUGAUGCUACAUAAAACCAUGUAGAAAGCAGGUAGGACUGCUAAUAGGCUGGUUGCUUGUAAAAUUCAAGUUUUUGUUUACAUCAGAUCAGAAUCUGAAACCACUGUAUAUUCUGUUUUGGGACUCCACGCUAUUAUUGCAUUAGGCCAGGGUAUUGUGUACAUAAUCUGUAUAUAGUAAAAUAGUCUAUACAUUGUUAUAAAAGGGUUAUACAGCAUAUGUUCUAAUUCUAAAAGUCUUUCCUCUUGCGAACAGUAGUGUAAGCACACAGCUGAGGGAAUUACACUGUACUUUCUAUAUCCUACUCAAAGUACAGUACUUCUGUCAAAAGAAUGUUUUAGAGAAAAAUGACAGCUUUAAAUCAUAUUACUCCAGGUUGUCUUCCACAACUGUGAUUACAGCUGCUCAGUAGAAGUAUAUAUUGAAACCAAGUGCAAGUAGGACAAAAUGCAACAGAACUUGAAGUUUAAAGGGUAACACAGACAAAAAUAUGAGACAUAGAAAGUUGCUUGGAAGUAAGUCAAUUUUAUGAAAGACAGAAAUAGAGGGGUGUCUCCUGAAGGAGGAGUGGAUGACCAAAAUCAUCCAUGUAGCAGAAACAUAUAAAUAGGCUUUAGCUAUAUAGUAAGGUUUUAGCAGAGGCUUCCUACAAAAACACAGCCUUGGGUGUAUAUAUAAGAUAUAUACAUAUAUAAAUAAAUAUAAUUUUUAAUUUUAAAUGUUUGAACUUUUGAGUGUAUCUUUAUAGCAUGUAUAUUAUGGAAACAGAAUGCAUUUUAGCAUUGAGUACUGUAAAGCAAAUGAAGUUAAUGGCUCUAUAUUUGCACAGGAAAAAAGAACAAAACUACAAGUUAUUUCACUGGCUAAAGUUAAAAUGAAGCAAGAUUCUUCAGAAAUAUUAAUGGUUAACCACUCAGUCUGCUGAUUUUGACAUAUUCUUAGCAUACUGGGUUAGGCCUUGGUGUCUAUCUUUUUAAGACUCAGUUCUUAUGGAAUGCCAGGAGCACCUCUGCUGUGUGUAAAAUGAGUUUUCUUCCAAGAUUUCUCGUUCUUCCAUGAAUUUAACCAUACAAGGACACAAUGACUUAGGAGAGGCUGAUUUUUACACCAGUGAUUUCUCUGCAUUUGUUUUUUUGCUUAACAAGGAUGUUGUGAUUGCCUCAUUGAGCAGACAGUGUAGGAACAAUGUCUAUAUUGUACAUGCUGUUAGCAUAUUAUGUAUGUUUUAAUUGAUGGUUUCAAUCUUUAAACUGGGAUUGGGCGAAUAAAAUUGGGGGACACA